CCCACCGCCCGGCUCGGCACCAUGGCCCCAGCCCUCCUGCUCGCGCUCGCGCUGCUCCUCGUGGGCGCCCCGGCCGCCGGCGCCGAGUCGAUCCGAGAGACUGAGGUCAUCGACCCCCAAGACCUUCUAGAAGGCCGGUACUUCUCUGGAGCCCUACCUGACGACGAGGAUGUCGGGGUCCCUGGGCAGGAGCCUGAUGACUUUGAGCUGUCUGGCUCUGGAGAUCUGGAUGAUUUUGAGGACCCCAAGUUCCAGACCUUGGAGCCUCUAGACAAUCACAUCCCUGAGCGGACAGGGCCUGGAAGGCGGAUCCCCACUGAACCCGAGGAGCUGGAGGAGAACGAGAUCAUUCCCAAGAGGAUCUCACCCUUUGACAGUGAGGAUGUGUCCAACAAAGUGUCCAUGUCCAGCACCGCCCAGAGCAGCAGCAUCUUUGAGAGGACAGAGGUCCUGGCAGCUCUGAUCGUGGGUGGCGUCGUGGGCAUCCUCUUCGCCGUCUUCCUGGUCCUGCUGCUGGUGUACCGCAUGAAGAAGAAAGACGAAGGCAGCUACGACCUGGGCAAGAAGCCCAUCUACAAGAAAGCCCCCACCAACGAGUUCUACGCCUGAAGCUUCCUCGAGGGCACCGGCUUGGACCUGGGGGGGAGGGAAGUGGAAGGAUUUGGAAGGGUGGAUGUCAAGGGAGAGGGAGGGCGACCUAAUACUGACCUGUCAGCACCUCCCGCUCUCGUGACGGUCAGACGGGUCAAGUGUGAGAAGAGAUGGCGGCUUCUGGGCCUGCCUGCCUCUUCCUGAUUCUCUGGGAUGCCACUGUGCCAGCCGGAAACAUGGGGUGCAACUUGGCCUGUCUGUAGGCCUGCCUGGGAUCGGAUCCUUUCUUAACCUUCCAGCUUAGAAGCUAAUUCCAGCUUCAGAGCAUCUUCUCACCAUGACACAUCCGGGGCCCCUCUGAAGCUGGGGUGCUGGGUCGCGGUCGCCCCAGCAACUGAGAGGAGCACCUAGAACCUUCUGCACCUUGAUCCAUGUCCAUCAAAGGGCACUUGUGACCACGCUGAGGCGUCUCUGCGGUCUCCUGGGGGCCACGCUAGGCUCUUUCAAGUGACUUUUGGAAACCUGACAUUUUUAUUUGGGAAGGGAGGGGGUUGGGGGGAGGCGGGCAAAGAGCUGACUGUUGAUACAAAAAGGGUUUGUAGGAUAUUUGUAAAUCUAUGUUUAGGUCUUUUUGUUAAUGGUUCAUUCCUUCAUGCAGCCUCUGCCGGGCGCCAGCGAGCCCCGGGAGGUGGCCUCUGCACAUUUCCAGAGCACCUGCUAAGUGUCUAUUUAAUGUUUUGUUUUGUUUUGUUUUUGUUUCUCAAAAAAGAGCGGAGAGCCGGAGAUACGAUUUUUAUUAAUUUUUUUUUUACUAUUUAUAGCUUCAGACAGGGCCCUUUUUUCCCUUAAUUCCCUCCCCCAUUUUUUAAUACUUCAUACUCUCCUGCUCAUGACCUUGGCCCUUUCUGAAGCUGCUUCCUCUAAGAAGUCACUUUUGUGGAAACACAGUUUCCUAGCAGAUCCCAAAAUGCAAGGUAGGGGAUGAUGGGAUAUUUUUUGUCUUUUCUCUUGUAAUAUAUUAUUUUUCUUCCUCAGUUCUAGAGAAAUAGAUGAAAUAUAUUUUUUCAGGAAGCGGUGUGGGGUUUCCCGUUUGACGCGGGCCGGGUGGCUGAGUGAGUGACGUUCUGUGUGGCUGAGUGGGUUUGGCCUCUUCGUCUUGCCUGUACCCCCGGCGCCUUCUCCUGACGGGCCUGGAGGCGCCUCUGCCCCGGGUUCGCCCUUCUUUCUAGCCUUUGCCUGGAGCCCAUCAGGCUCCUCGGGGGCUUUCUCAGAUGGGAGGGAGAGUCGGAGGAUCGCACUGCCCUGUCUGCCACCACCGACCGCGUGUGGGUGUUCAGUCCAUCAGAAGGACGUGAAGUUCAAGUUCAUUCCUCAGUCGCACUAACCACGUUCAAGUGCUCGGUGACCACGGGGGCUGAACAGCGCUGUCCCGAUCUUGCAGGGAGAGGCCGUCCCCACCGAGAGGACAGCACUGCCGGAGGUCCAGGCCCUGUCCUGCGCUGCUGGAGUGACCUUUGUUUCCUUGGGCAAAGGGGGGACGGGAGAGGCCCGAUCUGGCCGAGCUCUGAGCUGUUAUCUGUGGUCCUCCGUCUCCCGAAAGGAGGGAUGGUGGCUGGGUCUGGCCAGACCUCACCUUCUCCUGACCCCACUUGCUGGGGUGGGGGGGAGUCCCCCCUGCUUCCCGCACCCUUUACCACCACAACGCCGGGUCCCAGCUGGCUGGGUCCUCUCCCCCUCCACUCCCCUCCCCUCCCCCCAGCCCUUCCCUGCAGCUACUUUGGGAGUGAGCACCUUUUCUGUAGCCUCCUCACACUGUUGUCUGUUACUGAUUUUUUGAUAAAAAGAUAAUAAAACCUGUACUUUCUAGAUCUCCUGCCUCUGUCAUCCUCAGGUUCCUAACAGGUCAUCUUUUCUGCGCUCUG